GCCGCCGCGAGCCGGGAGCUGAGCCGAGACCCGGAAUCGGAACCGGAACCCGGAGCCGAGUCCAGGCCCCGAAUCGGAGCCGGCCGCAUGGGGCCGCGCGUGCUGCUAGUGCGCAUGGGCCGGCUGCCGUACGCCGACGCGCUGGCCCUGCAGGAGCGCUGGCUGCGGCGGCUGCAGGCGGCGCAGGGGCCGGGCGCCGAGGCCGGCGCGCUGCUGCUCGGGGAGCCCGCGGGGCCAGUCUACACGGCCGGCCUGCGGGGCGGGCUGCGGCCCGGCGAGGAGACGCGGCUGCGGGCGCUGGGCGCCGACGUGCGGCGCACGGGCCGCGGCGGGCUCGCCACCUUCCACGGGCCCGGGCAGCUGUUGGCCCACCCGGUGCUGGACCUGCGGCCCCUGGGCCUCCGGCUCCGGACGCACGUGGCGGCGCUGGAGUCCUGUGCCGUGGGCCUGUGUCGCCGCUUGGGCCUCCCGGACGCGCACGCGCGGCCCGCGCCCUACACCGGCGUCUGGCGGGCCGAGCGCAAGAUCUGCGCCAUCGGAGUCCGAUGUGGAAGGCAUAUCACAUCCCAUGGCCUGGCUCUGAACUGCUGCACAGAUCUGGCGUGGUUUGAACACAUUGUACCCUGUGGCCUGGCAGGAAUGGGAGUCACCUCCCUCAGUGAAGAGCUCCAGAGGCAGAUCACUGUGGAAGAGGCCAUGGAACCCUUUCUGGAAGCCUUUGAAGAAGCCUUCAAAUGCACAUUGACAUUGCAUGAAGAGAAUAGUGACUGACAGACCUUUCCCAAGGGACCAGCCUCAGGAACCCAGCAUCAAUCAAACUCUUGGCCAGCCUGAGAAAUGGUCUGGGAAUGGACAAAGAUUCUAUGUAAUGAACAUUGGACGUGGGAGUCAGAAGGUCAAGAUUCAGAUCUGAACACUGAUACUUAACCAGUCAUUAUCUUAGACAAGUCACUUCUUCCCUUUGGGUCUUAGUUUCUCCAUGGAUAAAAUGGGGAAUGUCAUAUUUGCACUAUCUACCUCACAAGGCUGUUGUGAGGAAAGAGUUUAAUUUUAGGGAAAGGAAUUGAGAGAUGGUUUCAUAUCCCUGUUCUAACCCAUGUCCACUGGGUGGACUAGACGCUUCAUCUUGAGCUUUCAUUCUCUUGAAUGAGGUAAUAACAGUUGUACUACCUACCUCACCAGAUAAUUGUGAAGAAAGUGCUUUGUAAGUCUUAAAGGACUAUAAAAUGAGAUUUUAUAUAUAUAAAUAUAUAUUCAAAACCUAAAAGUGAGAGAUCUUUAUUUAACAACCUCAUAGUGGUAUAUGUCAUACUAAUAAGGGAAGACAGACCAAAAAGAGUGGGUAACCCUCAUAUUUACCCAGGGUCAAGACACCUGGUAGGAAGAUAGUGCAGUCAAGAGAGAAACAUUUAGUAAGUGGCUCUUAAUUUAUUAGAAUAAUGGGAAGAGACCUUGGAAGUCAAAUGGUCCUUUUACAGAUGGGAAAAGCUAAGCCCAAAUAGAUUACAGGAUUUUUCCAAGGCUACAUAAGUAGUCACUGGGAAAUCUAGAAUUUAGUAGUAUUUCACCUGACUUCCAAUUCAGAGAUGUCUUUUCUGUUUCUUAAUACCAACUUCAAAUUUCCAACAGAGUUGAGUACUGAGCCUUGUUAAGUAAGUAUUUGUUGGCUAAAUGAUUGUAGGUGAAUUUCAGGCAUAUCCCCUGGGCCACAUCUUCUAUCUAAAUAGCUAGUACCAUUCUCCUAUCUCAUAAAGCUGUUUAUCAUAUUACAGCAUCAUGAUUGCAUAGCCAAGAAACUGUUUUCAUUGAAUCCUGAACUUGUGAAGGCCUUUAAAAGUCUGAUCCUGUUCCCAAAUCCAGGACUGUUCAGGAGUGUUCACAAUAAUCCUUCACAGGUUUGGUAUCUGUCUUAACUUAGCAUUUAGUCUCUUCAACACAAUAACUCUCCUGUAAAAUGUAAAGUUUAGAUCUUUAAAAUUUACUCCAGUCCCUGAUCUUUGUUCUUUAAUAACAUUUCUAACACUCUGUGGUCUGUGCUCUAAAGACUAUUCUUCACAAGU